AUGGGCUCCGCACAGGAAGAAAUCUCUGUCGACGUCCUCGUUAUUGGUGCCGGUCCGACAGGUCUCGGUGCGGCAAAGCGACUCCACCAGAUCAACGGCCCCUCAUGGCUGAUUGUGGACUCGAAUGAGACGCCUGGUGGUUUGGCUUCCACAGAUGUCACCCCAGAAGGCUUCCUCUAUGAUGUCGGCGGCCACGUUAUUUUCUCCCACUACAAGUACUUCGACGAUUGCAUCGACGAGGCCCUCCCGAAUGAAGACGACUGGUACACGCACCAGCGCAUCUCGUACGUCCGCUACAAGGGCCUGUGGGUCCCGUAUCCAUACCAGAACAACAUUUCCAUGCUGCCAAAGGAGGACCAAGCGGCAGCUGUAGAUGGCAUGAUCGAUGCCGCUCUAGCGGCCCGCGUGGCCAACACCAAGCCCGCAGACUUUGAUGAGCACAUCAUGCGGACCAUGGGCGAGGGCAUUGCAAACCAGUUUAUGAGGCCAUACAACUUCAAGGUUUGGGCAGUUCCCCCAAAGAAGAUGCAGUGCGCAUGGUUGGGUGAGCGUGUCGCUACCCCAGAUGUCAAGAAGGUGGUGAACAACAUCAUCCACAACAAGACUGCCGGAGGUUGGGGACCUAACGCAACUUUCCGCUUCCCCGCGAAGGACGGUACCGGUGGUAUCUGGAUCGCCGUCGCCAAGACCCUUCCCGACUCGAAGAAGCGAUUCGGCGAGCAUGGCACCGUAACGAAGGUCGAUGCUAACGCCAAGCGUGUCACCUUCAAGGACGGAACCGUCGUCAACUACAACAAGCUCGUCAACACCAUGGCCGUGGAUGCGCUCGUAGAGCACAUGGGCGACAAGGAGCUUAUCGACCUCAGCAAGGAUCUCUACUACUCAAGCACGCACGUUAUUGGUGUGGGUAUUCGUGGAGAGCGACCUGAGCGUAUUGGCGACAAGUGCUGGCUGUACUUCCCUGAAGACAACUGCCCCUUCUACCGCGCCACCAUCUUCUCAAACUACUCCCCAUACAACCAGCCGCAGAAGGGUGUUAAGCUUGCCACCCAGCAGCUGGGCGACGGCUCAAAACCGAGCUCGUCCGAGCUCAAGGAUGGACCUUACUGGUCAAUCAUGCUUGAAGUCUCUGAAUCCAGCAUGAAGCCCGUGGACCAGAAGAACCUCCUCAAGGACUCCAUCCAGGGCCUCAUCAACACUGAAAUGAUUAAGCCCGGCGACGAGAUCGUUUCCACCUACCACCGCCGCUUCGACCACGGAUAUCCGACUCCAUCUCUGGAACGCGAGGGUGUUCUGACCAAGCUUCUCCCUGCGCUCCAAGACCGCGACAUCUGGUCGCGUGGCCGCUUCGGCUCAUGGCGGUACGAGGUCGGCAACCAGGACCACUCCUUCAUGUUGGGCGUCGAGGCCGUCGACAGCAUCGUCAACGGCGCCGUCGAGCUAACCCUCAACUACCCCGACUUCGUCAACGGCCGCCGCAACACGGAGCGACGUCUCCAGGACGGAGCUCAGCUCUUCGCCAACAAGAAGGCGGGCAUGCAGGUCGACACUGAGUUGUAG